AAUUUUAUGUAAAAAUGAGCUCGUUGACUUCAGUGCUGCUAGAAACGAUAAACUUUGCUGCAGAGAAACAUCGAAAUCAGCGCCGUAAAGACCCAGACGCCACACCCUACAUCAACCACCCCAUAGGUGUGGCAAGAAUUUUAAGUCAUGAGGGAGGAAUCACAGAUAUUGAAGUCUUACAAGCAGCUUUGCUUCAUGACACAGUAGAAGACACUGACACAACUAUGGAUGAGCUGGAGUCCGUGUUUGGACCGACAGUAGCAAGAAUCGUCCAGGAGGUGACGGAUGACAAGACGUUGCCAAAAGAGGAGAGAAAACGUCUACAAGUGGAACACGCACCACACCGCAGUCAUCAGGCCAAGUUGGUUAAACUAGCUGACAAACUGUACAAUCUACGGGACCUCAAUCGUUGCACCCCCACAGGUUGGACAGCAGAAAGGGUUCAGGAAUACUUUGUAUGGGCAUCUCAAGUGAUAAAAGGGCUUCGUGGCACCAAUGCAAAACUUGAAGAGAUCCUGCAGCAGCUCUUUUUGGAGAGAGGAGUGGAAAUGUGAUUAUAUAAACUACUGGUUGACAUUAUGGUGCAAUUGAUCAUAUUGUAAUGCUCUUUAUAGGUUUAUAGUAAUUGUUUUAAUGAUAAAUGUUUUUGUUAAAUAUACAAAUGCAUUGCCUUGAAUUAUGAAUUUGAAUUAAUGUCUUGAUGAAGUUGAUGAAUGUUGUUAUUGGUUAAGAUUAUUCCUAAUGAUACAAUUAUCCAGAAUAUAAGUUUGUGUUUACAUAUGUC